AUGGCGAACGUAUCAAGCAUACGACGACCAUACUCCAGUUUGGAAGACGCAACGGAAGAGCUUGUCAAAGUCACAGUCAGCUACGACGCCACCACAGCCCACCAUUUCGUCAAGCGGAAGCUCCUCUGUGAGACAUCGAAGUGGUUCAAACAGGAACUGGGAGAUGAAGCAGUGUCUCAUGUGCGGAUUCACAAAUGUGUGGGCACCUACGAAUGCGUAAAGCAUUAUAUUCAUUGGCUCAACACAGGAACACUUGCCUCAGAAGACACUCAAGUUCCUGUGUGGGACGAACGCAUCGAAGACAAGGAGUAUGAGCUGCUCACUUUAUUAUGGUACUUUGGAAAGAAGUACGGCAUAUCAGGAUUUCAAGACGCUGCGAUCAGCGCCAUGCUUGCUAGGAUGGAGUCAAGCAAGGCUGCCGGGGAGCUGAUCUUGGUGGGUAAGAACUGCAUCAACUUCGCUUACCAUCCAGACGCAGACCCAAGCCGCGAUCUGAAGCCCCCAAGUAAACUGCACGAGAUCUUUGUCGAGAUGUACGCAACGCAGGACAGCUCAUCACACCUUGAAAAGAUCCAGGAGGGACUUUCUCCAACCUUCCUCGCGGACCUGUGCAAGCGCCAGAAUGCUCAGCUGCAUGCACGUUCUCUGCGUUCGGCCUCGAAACGACUGGCUGAAGAUAACGCAUGCGACUUCCACCAGCAUGGAAGUGAGGAGGUCUGCUAUGCUGGAGGGCCAGCGGCGAAGAGGCAGCGGAAGGACCAUGCUGCGAACGAGCCGUGCGAGAGAGCAAUGAUAAGAUCGAGAACCGGCGUCGUCUGGGCUGAAAUCCUGCAAGCCUCAGACUUUCAGAAGGUACAGGAACGUAAAGUUUUGCUCGCGCGAUCAGCUUCUCGUGUUGCUUGCAUGGGCCCAGAAACUCUCACUCAAGACAUCGUUUUCGUCUACGUAAAGACACCAUCGACGCCUCAGUACCAAUGGCCUCAUUGGAAGCGCUUCACCGUCCUUCGCUCGACUGUCACUAAAAGCGACUCGCCGAUCUUUCGCUCAUGGCCUUCGUUCCGCGACUGGUGCAUCAUCUCUGCUCGUCCCGAGUGUUUUGCACCAUGGAUCCAGUGGCUAGAGCGCGGAGUCAUCACGCCAGAAGCGCUGCAUACACAAAGCGACAUAUGGCCACAUGAGAAGGAAGAGCUACCCGUAUACGUCCACCUCGCGAAAUGGUACGCCUAG